UGCACGGUGAGUGUCAACUCGGUACAAGCAGCUUAUUCUUCGACUGGAACACCCGGAAUGAUCGGGUACUUGUGGUAACUUUUGCACCGUCUGUUUUUAUUUUAACUCAAUAAUGGGCUGUGGAGGUAGUUCUGAACCACCUGAUGAGCGUAUUUCUGAACAAGAAAUCUACGAGGCUUUCCGCGCUAUGGACAUUGAUGGCAGUGGCACAAUCAGCGCAGAAGAACUCAGGGAGGUGGUGAAGCGACUGGGAGAAGACCUAACGGAAGAUGAUAUACAGGAAAUGGUCGAACUUGUUGAUGAAAACGGAGACGGAGAAAUCGAUUAUGGGGAAUUCGUUAAAAUUAUGAGAAGUUAAACUUGGACUGUUUAUGAUCAGUGGACAGAUAAGAAAGGCUGCACGUUUUUUUACCGCAUGCAUCGCAUCUGUCAAUAAUCUAUUUGGGAAAUCACUUCAAUACUGCAUACAUUGGCAACGUGUUGUCAAAUUACCAAACUGCUGAGAUUAGUAACACAUAGCGGGAUACAGAGACCGAUUCAAUGGUUUAACAUUUAGCGCCGAGCUGUAUAAAUAGGCCGAGCCCGAAACGAGUACAACGUAAGUUUAGAUUAUUAUCAGCACACAAGGAUGGUGGCGACCCUAUGAUCUGCUUGGGUGCGGACGAGGUGGAGGUGGUGUUAAAAUCAUUAUAUUCAAGUCAAUGUGAUGGCUCAAACGAAUUUAUUCACCGUAAAUACAUGUCACUUAAUGGUGUAGAUGAACGGAUGCUCCGAUAAAAGAAACAUGGUUAACUAUUAUUUGCAGCUGCGGGCAUUGUCCAUCUACAUUCACGGUACAGUCGCGGUACUAAAUGAAACUAGAAACUACUAAAGUUACUACUAGUUAUUAUCACCGGAUACGAGCACGAUCUGACUGAGAAAACAUUGCAACCUGUGGCUAUAACAAUUAAUGCAAUUCGGAUAUGAAUUUAGACGAAAACUCAUUAAAACAGGGCAUGGUACAAUAAAAGGUGGGUUGGUCAUGGCAACUAUAUCGACGUCUUCUAGCGACGAAGACUGGCGUGAUUGCUCUCACAAGAGACGAAGGCGAUAUCAUUCACGUCGUUUUAUUGUGUAACUCUG